UCUAAUUCUAUCCUAGGGAGACUACAGUAUUCCUUUUUCGGAUUUCCUCUCUUUUGCCUUUGACCAUAUCCUAUGGUCUGUGUCUUAAUGGAGAUUUGUCUGAGAGUAACACUGCUAGACAAAAUGUUAUUCCGACCGUUUAUUUAAACUUUCUUCCUAUAGACUGCAUUUUGUAAUUAGGGGAGUGUUAUUCUAGUUCAUUGUUUUUCGUUUACAUUGUGAAGUGUUCGUCUGGUAUUCCAUCUGAAUCACUUUCUGGAGUAGCUUUUUCUAAGAAAUGAAGGACUUAUCUUAAAAGACUUAUUAGUGCAGUUGUAUGAUAUGUUUGAUAGGCUUUAUUCUGGAGCGUUCGUGAUAGUAGCGCGCUUCACGGUUCAAAAAUUUAAGUGGCACCUAUGGCCCAAGCAUCAUAACAACUCUUCCCGUAAACGCCUUGAGGAGGCAUUUGAUCCGUAGCUACUCACUUCUCCACCCGUCAAAAUCGAUCCAAAGUGAUUAUGGCUUUUUCAAUUUGACAUGAUCAUACCUUCCUGCUUUCAUUGCAACAGUUUGGAUUUCGUUAUUCCAGAAAUGAAAUGGUUGAUUGGUUCAUGCAGCUCCUAUUCUUCUUCGUUCAUGAAGUUCUUUACAGAACAGAAGUAUAAUUAAAGCUCGGGUCGCAAGUCCGCCAUGCCGCUUUGAGCCUCACCCUGUUUAGAGUCCCUCGAGUUUCCACCGUACUUGUCCAAUUAAAACAGGAUAAAUAGCUGAGAAUUCACGAUGACGACAAAGACAGUUCAGGACGUCGGUAAGCGAUUGGGUAGGUUUUUGCUAAAGAACGAACCAAAUUGGAUUACUGGAGAUCUAGGGAAAAGCCCCUUCCCUACAAAGGCUAAGUAUGAAGCCCACAGAAAAGGUCAAACGGUCGAUGUUGUCAAAACGUCUAAGAUUAAAGGAGAGCAAGGACCUGUUCAACAAAGCGAUCUUUUAAAACCACUGUUGAUGGAUAUUGCUAGAAACGGCCUAAAUUACGCUUUCCAAACAUGGGAUCAGAAAGAAGAACCCGAGUGCUGUUCAAAGACGAAAAAUCCGAAGAAAGUGAUUGUGGUAGGAGCCGGAAUGGCUGGGUUAGUGGCUGCAUUUGAGCUGGCGCAAGUUGGACACGACGUGAUAGUAUUAGAAGGCCAGACGCGGAUAGGAGGUAGAGUAUACACCCUUGGGGAAAAAGAUGGCUUUGAAAAAGGACUCCACGCUGAGGCUGGUGCCAUGAGGUUACCAUGUCUCCCUGACGCGAAAACCAAGACCCAUUUUCUGACGGAUUUUUAUGUUUCUGGGGAGCGGUUCAACCUACCCUUGGCACGUUUUGCCAAUUACAGUGAGAAGGCUUUUCUCAAGUUUUAUAACGAAGAAGCUGUCCGUAUAGAAGAUUGGAGUAAAGAUCAGUUGAAAUGGAUGAACAAACUUUGGCCUAAAUGGAAUGAAACCCUAAUAAAAAAUGGACUUUACGACAUCGCAAAUAUCGACGAGUAUUACAAUCGCACCACUCAAGUGAUAACUGAUCAGCUGCUUGAUUUGCUAAACACACCCGGCGUUGAACCAAGCGAGGCCUGGGAUCAAUGGAUUGAUCUCUGGAGUCAGUUUCCACUCGAUGGGUUCCUACAAAGUACCUACGAAGCCAUCAUGACAAAAGUCGAAAAAAAAGUACUCGAGAGGAAAGUCCGCGGGAAAAAAUUCGACAUCCCUUUGAAAAGCCUUGAAGAGCUGAAGAAGUACCUUCCCUGGCCUGAUGCCGCUAUCACUGCCUACUCUGUCUUCACCUAUACAGAGCAGCUUGAUCAAAGCCUUGUGCAAUACCUCCGAGAUCAACUGGGACAGUGGUUGUCACCAGACAUGCACUGCAUCAAAGGUGGGAUGUCUCUAUUGCCAGAAGCCUUCACCAAAAGAGAUAAUGGAGGCUGGAAUCCCGACGUUUGCCUUCAUGAUAAAAUUCACUUUAACCGUACGGUCAAAGAGAUAAUCUACAAAUUUGAUAUCCAUGAUACUGAAAAUAAUUGUGUGAAGGUAAAAGGUUACUUCAGCAACAGCAGACAGCCUUUCCAGGAACGUGGAGACGCAGUUAUAGUGGCAACUCCAAUCAACAUUCUUAGACAGAUCAAGUACAUAGCUUCUAAACGCACCAACCAUCCCCCACAGGAUUUCCACAAGGCCAUAGAAGACAUCUUUACCGGUCCAGCGACCAAAUUAUUCAUACAGACUAAGACCAGAUUCUGGGAGAAAGAUGGUAUUAAAGGAGGCUUCUCAAAAACAAAUCUUCCAAUCGGGCAGCUCCAUUAUCCAAGCAACGUCACUGGAGAGCAUCCUGGAGAAAAAGGCAUCCUGUUGGUUUACACGUGGAAGACAGAAGCCUUACUCUUUGGCUCCCUGGAUCCUACUGCUGCUCUAUACGAGGCAGUAGAGCAAAUAGCCACAAUCCACCCAGAGAUCAAAGAGCAGGUUGAAACGGGAGCCGUUUGUGCAUGGUACAACCAACCAACAGCUCAAGGAGCCUAUGCCCUGCUCAAACCCACCCAGUUCGAAAACGUCCGCUACCUCAUGGAAUAUCCUAUGGCUAACCUCUUCUUUGCCGGUGAAGGCCUCUCGUUUGCUUCGGGGUGGAUUCAGGGGGCCUUGGAGUCUGGUCUACGUGCAGCUUAUCAGUUUUACAUUCGCAACGAGGGCGGAUGGUCCACCGAAUCAAAAUGACUUUGCUGAACACUCUCACUUGACAGUGGACUUAGUAAUGGACAAUCAGUUUAAGCUAUAGGGAAAAUUGAGUAUUUUUCCCCAACUAAGUGUGUUUUUGCUGACCUCAACACAGUGUUAGGGUACGGACUUCUACUAAUCCAGAAAAAUGCGUAGUUUUCUUCUUAAAGGAUUGUAAGUGAUAAAACAAAAUCGUUUACACUUGGCCACAGUGGUUUAACCCGAGUGGGGUUUUUUCGUUGUUGUAAUGAUCGUUUUUUAACUGAUUCCUUAAAUUUCGACAGUCGUUUAUACGCUUUGCGUAUCCACUGCUACAACUGGAGACAUUUUGCGCUGAUAAAGUCGAUAACUGUAAUUAAGUCAAAUGAUAGUUAAAAAGAUCAAUACUCACACAGUAUUUCGAUACAAUUUAUUACUUUCAACUGAUUUUUUUUCGAUUAUAAAUUUUAUCGACUUAACACGUUAGCCCUAAUGACAUGAGGCACCCUCAGGGCCUUUGAUCUUUUAAUUUUGUUGUUUACACCACAAUUCCUCUAAUUUUAUGCGGUUAGACAAACUUAAAAUAAAUAUAUAAAUUGCACCUGUCAACAAGCAUUUCAAAUGUAUCUCCAUUGCUAGUGAAAUUAGCAAAAACAAUUGCCAAGAUAGGAAUAAAAUAGUGCAAUUUCCAUUCCA